UCGUUACCGCAGGAACAGAGAAGAAUGCCGGAACCAGCAAAGUCCGCCCCGAAGAAGGGCUCCAAGAAAGGAGUGACCAAGGCCGCCGGCAAAGGCGGCAGGAAGAGGAAACAUAAGAGAAGGGAGAGCUAUGCCAUCUACGUGUACAAGGUGCUGAAGCAGGUGCACCCCGACACCGGCAUCUCGUCCAAGGCCAUGGGCAUCAUGAACUCGUUCGUCAGCGACAUCUUCGAGCGCAUCGCCGGCGAGGCGUCCCGCCUGGCCCACUACAACAAGCGCUCCACCAUCACGUCCAGGGAGAUCCAGACCGCCGUCAGGCUGCUGCUGCCCGGAGAGCUGGCCAAGCACGCCGUGUCCGAGGGCACCAAGGCCGUCACCAAGUACACCAGCUCCAAGUAAACCCGCUGAUAUCCAGCAACACACCAACGGUCCUUUUCAGGACCACACACUGCAUCUGUAGAGCUUGAUGUCCGCUGUGCAGACUCUAACAUCUGUAGUACACUUUAUUAUUAUUUCUAUCUGUUGAAUAUAUGUUUAUCCUCCACUGCUGCUCUGCCUGCAGUAUUAGUACAUCACAUGUGAAAUGCUAUAACACCAUGUGUUUGUUCUGAAAUUCUAACACAAGACCUGCUGGUGAUGUUUUCCUGCUCUGGUAACAGGAGACCUUUUCUGGCUGAAGCAGUUUUCAGCUUCAUGGUUUACUCUCUUCACUGCCCAGCAGUCGGCUCUUAAAGUUGUUGCUUUUAUUACUGCCUGGAACCGUAGUUUGUGCCGUCCAUCAGUUCCUAAACCGUCCUAAGCUUCUGUUCACUUGCUGCCUCUCUCCCAUGAAACACUGCAACACCGACUUCCAGUUUCCAAACGAAGACAUAACCAGAAUAAAAGCUCGUAGUUAAAGAGAA